GGUUGGCUCGGAUGCAAAUGUUUGCAGGCGAAAUGGUAAAGCGAGCUGUUUUAGAUUAGGAUUGUGUUUCAUCCGGAGGUCAGGUCGACUAUUUUGUGUCAAUAAUGGGGAAAAACAAAGAACAAGUAUCUGGUCUACUGAAUGAGUCUACGGCAACGAAAAACGAUGCUAACAAGACCGCGUGGGGAUGGAUGAGGUUCAAGCCGUCCUGGCUCCAAUGGCUCAACUCGCCAAAAUGGUUCCUCUUUUUCCUUUGCACGUUCAGCUUUUUACAAGGCAUGGGCGUAAAUACGUUGGUCAGCGUCGCCCUCCCGACCCUGGAGAGGCGGUUUUCUCUGACCAGCCAAAUGUCUGGUUUCAUCAUGUCAUCCAAUGACAUCACGGCUCUCAUCGUGGUGGUUUUCGUCAGCUUUUUCGGUAGUUACGGUCACAAGACCAAGUGGUUGGGUGGCGGUGCAAUAAUUACUGGCUUGUCAUGUCUACUCUUUACUCUGCCAAAGUUUAUCGCUGAGAAGCAUGACCCCACAGGAGCUCGUAGCGGGAUAAGCCCGUACUGCAUACCGAACGCCACGUUGCCAGAUGACCCCCGUUGCCAUAAAGAUGCCAGUUCCUUCAACCUGUACUACUUCAUCUUCAUCCUGUCCCAACUUCUCUCGGGUGCUGCAACCACGCCCCUACACACCCUCGGCCCCGCCUGGCUGGACGAGAAUGUGCCCCCCACUCGUACGGCGACAUACCUGGCCAUUUUCUACAUGUCUGUCUUCCUUGGUCCUGGACUUGGGUCUCUUAUUGGUGGCAAGCUACUCACGGUGUAUGUGGAUGUCGAAAUGCCUCCCGGAUUGAACUUAACCCCUGCACACCCUUACUGGAUCGGCGCCUGGUGGUUAGGUCCAUUCCAUUGCGGCUUCCUGCUCAUCAUCUGCGGCAUCAUCCUUCUUGGUUUCCCCCGUCAUCUCCCUGGUGCUGAAAUUAAUCGGGAAAAUGCCAUCAAAAGCGGUCAGCUUCGCAAACAGGACAACAAGUUAAAAGGAGGCAUCAAGGAUAUACUUCCCGCCACGAAAGCGCUGCUCACAAAUGGAACAUACGUUUUCCAGAACCUUGGGAGCACGGCAAGUACCAUGGUUGGGUUUGGUAUCGGCCCGUUCCUCUACAAGUUUCUGAGCGGUCGUUAUGGUGCCUCACCUUUCUACGCUGGUCUUGGUAUCGCUUUACUUCUUAUUCCAGGAGCGGCAGCGGGGCUCGGUCUUGGCACUCUGAUUGUUAACAAGCUCGGAGUCCGUCGCUCGUGUCGACGCGCUGCUAAGGUCACCUUCCUACUGCAGCUCGUAGGGAUCUGGGGCUCACUCAAUUUCCUCAUUCCCGGAUGUACAUACGCAAAGUUUGCGGGAGUCGAUGUCCCGUAUCAUAACAGCUCGUCGGUGAGUCAUUCAGACGGUAUACCUGUGCCCAGUUCGUGCAACAGUCACUGCUCCUGCUCCAAUACCCAGUUCAGACCGGUGUGCGGUCCAGCCGGCGUUAACUACUUCUCGCCCUGUCAUGCCGGAUGCCCCCUGCAGCGAUCUCGCAAUCAACCGAGACAAAGCCAGAUGUUCACAAACUGUACUUGCGUGACACCGGUAAUUAACAACAUCAGCAGCCCAACUUCUCCAUUCACCUCUCAGUCCGCAAGUCCGGGCCUAUGUCCCCAGGACUGUCCGACGUAUGCUCUGCUCAUUUUCUGUGUUUCCUGCUUUUUCGUGGUCAUCCUUGGAUUCUCAAACGCCAUCCCCAGCAAGAUCGUCUCACUCAGGUCCGUUCCUGAUAAUUUGCGGGCAUACGGAUUAGGGAUACAAUUUGUGUUCAAGCGGACUCUAGGGGCGCUGCCCGGUCCGGUCAUUAUCGGCACGAUUAUCGACCACACGUGCACCUUGUGGAAGACCAAGUGCGGCAAGCCGGCGAACUGCCUCAACUACGACUACAACAGACUUGGAUGGAUAAUCACCGUCUACGCCUUCCCACCACAGUGUCUCUGUCUAUUGUUCUACUUCCUCUCGUUCUACCUGAGCAAGGAUGUCGACCCAGACGCCACUUUGUCCAAGUCCCACGCGGCCGAUGAAGUAUUGGAUGGCAAGAAGCCCAUAUUAGGGAAUGACGAAAACUCCAACCAGAUCCACGACUUUGACGAGGAAGGGCAUACCAUUGUGUGAUAGUAUCAACAACCAAGGCAGGAUGAUAUUCAUCUGAAAGAGAUGAGCCCCAAUGGCUUUCCAUUCUAUCCUGUUGUUCGCAGUAAGAUAUAGGGAAUUAAAAAUACAAGUUACCAAGAACUCAUUGAUGAUAUCAAAUUUAUAUCAUGAAAUUUUUAACAGCUUUGUAAUUUCUAGUUCUUUGUAUUUAUAUUUCUGAUUGCAAUUAUAUUAGCAUAUGGGAUUUUACUUUUUAAAUGUAAUCAGACAUUCUCUCCGUGAAAUUUUUCACCUUUAGAUCAAGCUUUUCAGUGUAAUUUCAUAACAUGAAAGGAGAGAGAAACGCCUACAAAACGUGCGUAUUCGUUUGAAUUUUUUUUCUUAUUUGAACUUUUUUGUCAAGCAUUGUGUUGUUGCUGUUGUCAGCCUAGUCUGUCUGCCUUUUUUCUAAAAAAAAUCAUCGCCUUGCUGGGCUAUACAUCAAAACACCACUUAUCGAAAUACACUCUCUUUGUUUUAUAAGAACCUUAUUUUUAUAAGAACGUCCAGCCUGAGAUUUCGCCAGAUUUAAAGAAAAUGCUAAGAACAUUCCUAGGCUUAGAUAACAGAAAAUUGAUGCGUUUUUUUAAAUGCAGUACUAUAUCUUUAUAUACAAUAAAAUUUAAUAACAUACCUUAGCAUAUUUUCAGCCUUAAAAAACUCCAUAAAUAAAAACGUAGAAAGAAAACCACUGGUCAUAAAAAAGAACAUCCCAGUCUCAACUGAAAAUAAGCUCAUAAUAAAAAAUGUACCCAAAUAGUCGUGAUCGCUAGUAGCCAUAGAACCAUACUCAAUGGCAUGCACGUACCCAGGAUUUUUCUUGGGGGGGGGGGGGGGGUGCGAAAUCCGAAACAAUGGCUAAAAACAGUGAAGGGUGAGGACACACCAGAAGUAGGGGGUUAGGGUCUCUUGAAUAUAUGUAAUACCCUCUGUAUAGUUUAGUUGUUAUUUUCAAAUACUUUAUUCUAAGGGCUGUGUCCCCACGACUCUCGUUACACCUUCCCUGUUUUUGUAACUUAUCUAUUUUGCAUGUGUUUCUUUUGUAUUGUUUCUGAUUUGCUUUCUUUUUGCAGUGAGUAAUGUUGUUGACAAUAAAGUUAAAAUAAAAUUUUAUGCCCUUUUA